AGAUAUUGGUGUAACUUGGUUCUAGAUCCAUUCUCUGAAAAACCAAGAAUGAGUCAGCAGCAUAUAUUUUCCCCCAUUCUUUGGAUCUCUCUCCUCUCCCUACUCAUGGAUAAGUUCCUACUAGGAGCCUCUGGAAAGGAAAUACCUCCAACAGUGAUGUCGGGGAUCCUAGGGUGGGUUUCUGUGACUUUCCUCCUAAACAUCUCAAGGGAUGCAGAGAUUGAGCACAUCACCUGGAAUAAUCCCCCCAAGACUCUUGCUUUAGUGGUCUACAAAAAAGAUAUAAUGAUUCUAGACAAAGAAUACAAUGGCCGACUCAACAUCAGAGGAGAUGGCUACUCCUUGUACAUGAGUAACCUAAUCAAGAAUGAGUCAGGAUCCUACCAGGCUCAGAUAAACCAAAAGAAUGUUGCCCUCACCAUAAAGAAAGAGUUCACAUGGCACAUCUAUGAGCAGCUACAGGAGCCUCAGGUCACAGUGAAAUCUAUGACCUCAUCCGAGUAUGAUUCCUGCACCGUCACCCUAAUCUGCACUGUAAAUGGGGCAAAGGACGGUGCAUACAGCUGGACCCAAAAGGACACCCAUUUUAAUACAUCCCUUGACAACCACAUCCUCGGGGUUUCUCAGAGUGUCUGUGACCCAGACCUAUCGUAUACCUGCACAACCCGGAAUCCAGUCAGCCAAAGCAGCUCCCAACCUGUCCGUGUCUGGCAGUUCUGUACAGGAGCCUCCAGAAGAAAAACAGCAGCGGGGGAGACUGUGGUAGGGAUCCUGGGAGAGCCAGUGACCCUGUCCUUGGCAUUUCAGGCAAGUCAGGACACAAAGAGUGUUGUCUGGGUGUCUAACACAUCGGUUAUCAGCCAAGAACCAAAAGGAGCAGCAACAGCGGAUCCUCACCAUAAGCCCAAAGAUUCUGAAGAAAGGAGGGUGAGGAUCUCUGACCAGGACGGCUCCCUGAAGAUCAGCCAGCUGAAGAUGGAGGACACAGGCCCCUACCAUGCCUACGUGUGCUCAGAGGCCUCCAGAGACCCCAGUGUGAGACACUUCACACUGCUUGUCUACCAGAGACUGAAGAAGCUCAGUGUCACCCAGAGUCGUGUGCACAUGAUGAAUGGCAUCUGCAAGGUUGUUCUGACCUUCGGUGGUGGAAACAAUGUGACAUACACGUGGAUGCCUCUGCAAAAGGAAGCUGUUAUGUCCCAAAGGAAGUCACACGGCAAUGUCUCCUGGAAAGGGGGUGAAUGCCUGCCCCACUUCACAUGCACAGCCCAUAACCCUGUCAGCAGCAGCUCCAGACAGUUUUCUUCUGGGACCAUCUGUUCAGCUCCUGAUGAUGGAGAAAUAACCUAUCAACUACUACUACUGUUGCUGCUGCUGUUGCUAGAUCAUCCAGAGUCUCGGGCCUGCUCCUCCUGCAUUGCUGAAGGAGUUAGCCUAAAGCGCGGUAGAUAG